AAAAAAAAAAACCCUAAUAAAAAACAAACAGUACACUGUUUUUUCUCUCUAUAAAGAGAAAAUCUCCAAAAGCAAUGACCAAUGAGAAAUGUGAAGUUGCUCUUCCACUAAAGUUGAAAUCAGAAAAACCAUCAAUGGCUUCUUCAUCAUCUCUCUUUCUCCUCCCUCUCCUUCUUCUUGUCUCCCAAGCUUCAGCUUCAACGGUUAUAUUUUACAACAAGUGCACGUACACUGUCUGGCCUGGGAUCCAACCUAGCUCCGGUCAGUCAUUACUCGCCGGCGGCGGAUUUAAACUGUCGCCGAACAGAGCUUACACUCUCCAACUUCCACCGCUCUGGUCCGGUCGCUUCUGGGGCCGCCACGGUUGCUCCUUUGACAGAUCUGGCCGUGGUCGCUGCGCCACCGGAGACUGUGGUGGUUCUUUCCUCUGUAACGGAGCUGGCGGUGUACCUCCGGCUACUCUUGCCGAGAUCACCCUCGGUCAUGACAUGGACUUUUAUGACGUCAGCCUCGUUGAUGGAUAUAACUUGGCGAUGUCGAUAAUGCCGGUGAAGGGUACGGGAAAGUGUACCUACGCUGGUUGCGUAAGCGACCUGAACCGGAUGUGCCCGGUUGGUCUACAAGUCCGUUCACGUGACGGGACACAGGUAGUAGCCUGUAAAAGCGCAUGCUCUGCGUUUAACUCACCACGCUAUUGCUGUACCGGCUUGUUCGGUAACCCACAGUCAUGCAAGCCAACGGCUUACUCUAAGAUCUUCAAGGUAGCUUGCCCUAAGGCUUACUCAUACGCCUACGAUGACCCAACUAGCAUUGCGACAUGUUCUAAAGCUAAUUAUGUCGUCACUUUUUGCCCUCACCGCGGCCGUUGAUUAAAGGGAUUGACAUCUAUGAAUAAUUUUGCUUGACUAUUUAGUACGAGAUCUUCUUUUUGAGUUAUCGACCCGUUUUUUUGUUUUGGAAUUUAGUGAUUUCAUCGAUUUGUUACAAAGAACAUGCAUUAUUUAUGCGUCUUUUAAAAAAUUAGUGAUGUCUAAUUCGUUUGUUAAGUACUGCACUUUAUAAUAAAACAAGAAAACAGAUUUAUAAAA